UAACAUAAAAAAAGAACUACCGGAAGUGGUCACCGGAUUACUUGUGACGUAUUUCCGUCAUCAGUGAGAGAAUGCGUCGCACUGUAGCAUCAGUAACUCAAUGAUAUAACCGUUUCUAAACGUUUUUGUAACUUAUUUUCACAACGAUAGAGGUAUUCAUUUAUUUCUCUAACGGAUAACAGUGUCUCGCUACAGAGUUGGAGUUCAGUCUCUUUGUUUAAUGCGCUCUGUUCUGGUCGGGAAAUGAAAAUGUAACGUUGAGUAGGUUAAUGCUAGCUGUUAGCUUUUAGCCUCUCAGGCCCGGCUGAAUGUGAACACAAAGGCCGCGCGCACCGCCUCGCCGUUUCAGAGUCACGAUAAGGAUCAGGUUACUGAUUCUGCUUUUUAACAAUGUUUCCCUCCUGGGGAGGCUAUGGGGCACCCCCGUCACAAAACUUUGGAGGGCCUGGGCCCCGGAAGCAACCUGGCGGCGGCCACGCAGGACCGACAUCGGGUUUCGGCGGCUUCGAGGCCCCCUCCUCCGGCGGCUCCAUGUUCUCCAGCCUCCAAGAGCAACACCUCCAGCAGAUGCAGCAGCUGCAGAUGCUGCACCAGAAACAGCUCCAGUCUGUGUUACAGCACGGCAGCAAUGAUAAUGCGUACGGUGGUGGACACCCGGGCGGAUAUUCAGGACCAUCUUGGCAUCCAGACGGCGGUGCUGGACCUCCGCCGUACUAUAUGCAGGACGAGAUACCUGCUCAGCUGAACAGAGGUCCCCCUGCACCUCCGGCGGGACACCCACAGCCUCCUCCCCUCCCACCGCAACCGCAGCCCAGCGAUCCUCAGCCGCUUCCUCCCCCUCCAGAACCCCCGACAUCCAAACCACCAGAGAACAACAGUGCUCCCAAAGCCAAAGAGGUCAUCAAGAAAGAUCCACCCACAGUAGAGGAAGACAUCUCCUUACCUUUGCAGGAGCAACAGCAACUUUGGUACAAACAACAUCUUCAAAAUCUACAGAAGUUAAAACAAGAGAAGGCCAAACAGAAUCAGAAAGACAGUGAUGGUCCUGUGCCACCACCCCCUCAAAGCCAAGCUGUGCCUCCUCUCCCUCCAUCAGAACCGCCAAAAGGUGCACCUCCUCCACCCCCUCCGAAAGAGGAGCCCCCAGCACCACCUCCACCUCCUGAGGAUACAAAGCCCGAGGUCCCACAAGACCCAGAGGAGGCUGCCCGCCUGCAGCAGUUGCAGGCUGCAGCAGCACAGUGGCAGAAGGUACAGCAGCAGAGAGCAGGCUUACAGUACCAGGCUCUUAUGCAACAACACGAAAAACUUCAGCAGAUCCUGGAAAAGUACCAACAGCUGAUUCAGCAACCUACAAACUUACAGUCAAUGUCUCCUGAAAUGCAGCUGAGGCACUAUGAAAUGCAACAGCAGCAGUUCACCCCUUUAUUCGGGGACUGGGAUCGCUCCUUCGCCCUGUGGUACGAGCAGUUCCAGACCUAUCCCCACAAAGACCAACUGCAGGACUAUGAGCGCCAGUGGAAGCAGUGGCAGGAGCAGAUGAACGCGACCAAUGCCCACCUUCAAGAGAGGGUGGCCACCCUCACUGCCAUGGUGCCAUUCGCCUCAAGCCAGUAUAGUAGCGGGAUGAUGGGACAGUUUGGCCAGUACCCUGGACAAGACAUGCAUAUGCAGCAGCAGUCAGCAAGCCUGGGUGUGCAGCAUUCCCCAGUUGGUGUUGGUCCCAACGCUCAAGGUCCACGGUCUGCUGGCUUUGGGCCACAUUCAGAACCACCUGCUGGUCCUCCUGUGAGAGGAGUGGGCCCUGCAGCCAUGGGAGUCAGACCUCCAGUGCCCCCCACCAUUCAGCCACCAAGCGUCAACAGCAUCAGAGGUCCACGUCCUGCUGGUCCCACCGGAAACAAUGCUGGUUUUGAUGGUCCUCCAAGAUUUGACCAGCCACAGCAGCGCUUUGAUGCUCCCCCAAGGUUUGACCAACCACAGAACCGCUUUGAAGGUCCCCCAAGGUUUGAUCAACCACAGCAGCGCUUUGAUGGGCCCCCAAGGUUUGAUCAACCACAGGCACAGCAGCGCUUUGAUGGGCCCCCAAGGUUUGAUCAACCACAGCAGCGCUUUGAUGGGCCCCCGAGGUUCAACCAACCACAGCAGCGCUUUGAUGGCCCCCCUCGAUUUGACCAACCAAGGCACCGCUUUGAUGGUCCCCCCAGGUUUGACCAACCACGGCAGCGCUUUGAUGGUCCCCCCAGAUUUGACCAACCUCGAUUUGGGGGGCAGCCCAGGUUUGAACAGCCCCAAAGGCUCCCUGUCCCCCAGCCUCUAACUGAACGCCCACCUGUGCCCCAGCAAAAACAACAGCAAGGUCCCCAGCCUAAGGCACAACUUGCCCCUAAACCACCAGCCAGUAUGGAUUCUAAGACUCCUGGAAAGGCAGCGGGGCCGCCACAGUCUGAAAAAGAAAAAGUCAAAUCAGAAUCAGGUGGUAAGGCCAGUGCUGACGACUUGACAGAUGACAACUUGCUUGGAGCUGAAGGCUUUUUUGUCCAAGAUGACCCUAUUCCUCAGACAUUACAAACAAAACCUGAGGAAUCAGAUGACAAAAAUGCUUCUAUCAAUACCGAAAAACCAAAACCUGGUACAGACAAGCCUCCUGUAACUGCUCCUUCUACUGUAGUAUCAAAAAAUACUGCUCCACAAAAUUCCCACAAACCAGAGGGACCAUUAACAAACAACAAACCCCAAUUGCUUCCAAAGCCCCCUGGAAUCCAACAGGACCCACAAGAUUCUGUCCAUAUGCAGUCAAGGCCAGAUCCUACAAGGCCUCCUCCUGGAAGGGGACGAGGCCAGCCCCCAGUGCCUGUCCAAAUGCCUGGACGAGGACGUGGGCAAAGGGUCUGUGAAGAGUUUAGGGGGCCGAAUACUAUGCCACAUGAGGAGGAUAUGGAAGAAAUGUCUUAUGACUACGUGCCACCCGAGGAGAACUUGGAGAUGCAGGAAGAGGAGGAAGACUAUCACUGGCACGAUCCUUCAUACGAGGAGUGCGGUGAUGAGGAAUCGGAGGUGCCCCCUGAAGAAAUGUGGACAUCAGAUGGACAUCACUACUCGACAGAGGAAGAGUAUUAUGAAGAACCAAUCGGAGGACCUCCUAUGGGGAGAGUAGGGCCCCCAAUGAUGAGAGGAGGGCCCCAUAUGGGAAGGGGAGGCCCACCUAUGGGCAGAGGUGGUCCUCCUAUGGGUAGAGGCGGACCCCCUAUGGGUAGAGGCGGACCCCCUAUGGGUAGAGGUGGGCCACCUAUGGGUAGAGGUGGGCCACCUAUGGGUAGAGGAGGGCCACCUAUGGGUAGAGGGGGUCCACCAAUGAGUAGAGGGGGACCUCCAAUGGGUAGAGGGGGACCUCCAAUGGGAAGAGGGGGACCCCCCAUGGGUAGGGGAGGACCCCCAAUGGGAAGAGGAGGACCACCCAUGGGUAGAGGAGGACCACCUAUGGGUAGAGGAGGACCACCUAUGGGUAGAGGAGGACCACCUAUGGGAAGAGGAGAGCCAGUGGAGAUACACUGGGAAGAACCUGAGUCAGCAGAAUACUCAGAGGAAGGGGAUCCUUACUGGGGAGAAGGGAGACCUCCAAUGAGAGGCAUGAGACCCCCAUUUCCACCCGGCAGGGGUCGUCCUCCACCUGGACAUCCUGGUUUCAUGCACCCAGGAAGAGGACGCCCCCCUCACCCAGCACAUGGGCCAAUGGAUCACGAGUCAUUAGGUCAUGGAAUGGAAAUGGAUGAUACUGAAAUGGAUCCAGAAGGGUACCAUGGACAUGACCCUCAUAGCCAUCCGAUGCAUCCUGAUGCAGGAAGAGGCAGGCGUCGUGUACCACCGCCUCACGAAAUGAUGGAUCCUAUGGAGGAGCCAUUGUACGAUGAAGGCAUGGAGAGAGAAUUGGAGUGGCAGCCGCCACAUGGCAGAGGCCGUCCUCUGCCUCCACAUGAGAUGAUGGAUUCCGGAGGAAUGAGGAGGAGACCUAUGGGUCGAGGGAUGGCAAGAGGCAUGUGGCGGCCAGCUCCAACACAUGAGGAAUAUGAAGAAAGACAUAGUGAGGGUUUUGUAGCGGACUAUGGUCAUGGAGAAGAGGGGUAUCGCUGGCGGCCACCAAGGGACUAUCCUCCUGAUGACUUUCGGCAUGAGGGCAAGUACUAUGAGUCUGAAUGGGACAGUGAGCGUCCUCCUCCUGAGAGGGACUAUCCCCCUCGCAUGCCGCCACCUGAGCCCUACAGAGAUGGCCAUUGGCCAGAGGAAAGAGAACGAGGUCGCCCAUAUCCUUAUGAUGAACAUGACAGGGAAAGAGGGGAACUUAGAAUUUGUGAGUAUAGGGAUGAGCCACCGUACCGACAAGAAGAACCACCAUACCCACCACCAGCACCGCCUUCAGAAUGGGAUAGACCUUCAAGAAUUCCUCUACCACCAGAGAGAGGGUAUUCUGCUGACUAUGAGGAUCGCAGAGCUCACUAUGAUGAGCGUAAAGAAGAGCCUCCUUUGGAUAUACGGACACCUUUACCUCCCGCUGUACCUGUCACAAAUCCUCCAGAGAGCUCCGUUGAUCCGACAUCUCAAGGACCAAGUGGAAAUGUACUUGCUCUGUCCCAGCGUCAGCAUGAGAUCAUCUUGAAGGCUGCUCAAGAGUUGAAACUUAUAAGGGAAUUGCAGGAGGGGAAGACACCUGGUGCUGAACCUCAGUCUGCACCACCUGACAUCCUGUCUGAGCUUCCUGCUGGUCUUCUUGGUUUGGAGAUCCCACCAGACGUUAGGAAUGUUUUGAAGGGAAUCGGUACUACUGCUCAGACAGCUGUAACUGAACCUGUGUCCUGGGAUCCUAAACCUGCUGCAACAGAUUAUCAGCCAUCUCUCUCUGUAUCCACAACUCCACUGAUUCCAAAGACUGUGGAUUAUGGGCAUGGGCACGAGCCCGGAGCCACUGUUGAGCGAAUCUCUUAUGGUGAGAGAAUUAUAUUGAGGCCUGACCCUGUGACAUCAGACAGGGGCUAUGAGAAAGAACCUCUCAGAGAUCCUUAUGGCAGAGACCCUUAUUACGAAAGACGAUCGGACCCCUAUUUGGACCGCCGGGAUUACAGCAGAGAGAGGGAAUUAUACAGAGAGAAGCCACCUGAAUAUGAAAGAGAAAGAGAAAGAUAUGAGAGGGAGCGCUAUCCGCCACGAGACAGAGAUGACAGAUCUCCACUGGUACCUUCUUCACGCUCAGGAUACAGGGACCGAGAGCGGGAACUUCGGGAGAGGGACCGAAGUGGGAGUCGUGAUCGUGACGAACAUUAUGGAAGGCCUGGCUAUGACAGACCUCCAUACGAGCGCAGCGGACUCGACCGCGGUGUGCCUGAGCGUUACGGCCAUAGCUCCUCACCUUACAUAGACAGGAGAAGUUACCAAGACGACAGAGGGCCUCCCCCUGCACCUGCCCUUCCGCCUCCACCUCAGCCGCCUCCACGAGUCGAGAAGAAACCAGAAAUCAAGAAUAUUGACGAUAUCCUCAAACCACCUGGCAGAUCAUCUCGACCUGAAAGGAUUGUCAUCAUCAUGAGAGGCCUUCCAGGAAGUGGAAAAAGCCACGUUGCAAAGCUCAUACGGGAUAAGGAAGUUGAUUGUGGCGGCGCACCUCCAAGAGUUCUUGUUUUGGACGACUAUUUCAUGACGGAGGUUGAGAAAACUGAGAAAGACCCAGACACGGGGAAAAGGGUCAAAACCAAGGUUCUUGAGUACGAGUACGAGCCGGAGAUGGAGGACACGUACCGGAGCAGCAUGCUGAAAACGUUCAAGAAAACUCUGGAUGACGGCUUUUUCCCCUUCAUCAUUUUGGACACUAUUAAUGACAGGGUUAAACAUUUUGAUCAGUUCUGGAGCGCAGCUAAAACAAAAGGCUUUGAGGUGUACCUCGCUGAAAUCACCGCAGACACACAGACUUGUGCGAAGAGAAACGUCCAUGGGCGCACACAAAAGGAUAUAACGAGGAUGGCCAACAACUGGGAGCCUUCGCCACGUCAUAUGGUGCGCUUGGACGUCCGGUCGCUGCUUCAGGAUGCUGCUAUAGAGGAGGUUGAAAUGGAGGACUUUAAUCCUGAUGACGAGCCCCAGGAGCAGAAGAGAGAGGAGGAAGAAGAGAGUGAUAUGGGCUACAUUCCAAAAAGCAAAUGGGAGAUGGACACGUCUGAGGCAAAACUUGACAAGUUGGACGGUCUGGGGAGCGGUGGGAAGAGGAAGCGUGAAGACAUGGCAGACCUGGAGGACUACCUUCAGCUACCAGACGACUAUGCCACACGUUUGUCCCAACCAGGAAAGAAAAGGGUUCGAUGGGCUGAUCUUGAAGAGCAGAAGGAAGCGGAUCGAAAGCGUGCUAUCGGCUUUGUGGUGGGUCAAACAGACUGGGAGAGAAUAACGGAUGAGAGCGGACAGCUGGCACAAAGAGCUCUCAACCGUACCAAGUAUUUCUAAGAAGAUAAUCGUAUCCCCCCCUUUUCCCCUUCAUGGAAAG